AUGGCUACCACCAACAACGCUCAAGAAGACGAGCCACCGAGAUCUACUGCGUUAGAAAGGCAGGUCCAGACUCUCAUGACAGCAGUAGAACGACUCACAAAGCAGAACCAUGAUCUGGAGGAGCAGCUACGCCAAAGGGACGCAGGACCUAACCUUCAGGAGCAAAACCAGGAAGGUAACAGUGCCGAGCGAAGGGAGCAGGAGAAGCCAGAAGGCAGCAAUGCCCCAAGCCGACUGGAGCGGCAAAACGUGAGCCUUCCGUCUCUCAUGGAUUUUGCUCCCCCGCCUAUCAUCGCAGAGAUGCAGGCGAUGAAAGAACAGAUGGAGGUCAUGAUGAACGCUCUUAAAGGGCGAGUAUCUUCUGAUCUCGACGAUUUAGUGAACAGAACCGAUUCACCAUUCACCGCGCCCGUCAACUCAUUCCCCCUGCCACCAAAGUUCCGGAUGCCUCAGAUUGAAAGUUACGACGGGGUCAAGGACCCUCUCGAUCAUCUAGAGACUUUCAAGACCCUGAUGCACUUUCAGGGUGUACCAGACGAGAUCAUGUGCAGGGCGUUCUCGACCAUGCUGAAGGGGCCUGCGAGGGUUUGGUUCAGUAGGUUGACACCAAACUCCAUCAAUACUUUCAAGGAGUUGAGCGCCCUGUUCACCUCACACUUCAUAGGCAGACAUCGAUACAAAAGGUCCACCGCGUGCUUAAUGAGCAUCAAGCAGCGAGAAGACGAGACACUGGGAGCCUACAUAACUCGUUUCAACAAAGAAGCCCUUUCGAUUGACGAAGCUGACGAUAAGAUACUCGUAGCCGCAUUCACUAGCAGGCUACGGAAGGGUAAGUUCUUGUUUUCCUUGUACAAGAAUGACCCAAAAACCAUGACAGACGUUCUCUAUAGGGCUACCAAGUACAUGAAUGCAGAAGACGCGCUGCUGGCCCGCGAGGAAAAGCCUAAGAAGAGGGAAAGGCAGGAGUACACGAGACAAGAUAGGGGGCGAAAGAUCGCUAGAACCGGGGAUCAACGUGAUGAAAAGCGCUCCAGACCCCCCACUGGAAGAUUCACCAAUUUCACCUCAUUAACAGCCCCGAUCGACCAAGUAUUGAUGCAAAUCAAAGAUGAAGGAGCAUUGACUUUCCUUGGAAAGUUGAAGGGAGACCCCAACAAAAGACUGAGAGACAAGUAUUGUCGCUUUCACCGGGACCACGGGCACGACACAGCUAACUGCUACGACCUGAAGCAGCAGAUUGAGGCCCUAAUCAGGCAGGGGAAGUUACAGAGGUUCGUCAGCAGGGAAAGAACUGAUACACCGGAGGAACAGGCCCCACGACGGGAGAACGAGCGCCCGAGACCACCCAUAGGAGACAUACGAAUGAUCGUAGGGGGCACAGCUACAGCCGGAUCUUCCAAGAAAGCCCGCAAAACCUACCUUAGGAUGGUCCAUAGCGUCUAA